AAAUGCAAAAAUGUUAACUUAAACGUUACUGUUAAUCUUCACUUGAGUAAUUAAAGACGUAUUAAAAUAAAGAAAUGCACAUAUUUGAAUGAAUAUUUUGAAGGACAUAAAUCUUAAUUGAUAAGAUCUUUUGAAUACUUUUUAAAAAGAUGGAUUCCUCUAUGCGUCCAAAAGAACUGACGACAUUGCAGAAAGUGGUGAAGACGACCUUGCUUGUAGUCGUCUGGUCAUGUAUUGGCAUGUGCUUGGAAAUCACUGGACCUACACUUAUAGACCUAAAGAUUCGAAUCAAAGCCGACUACGAAUCUAUUUCCACCGCUGUGUCUGGACGUAGCGCUGGAUUCUUCAUAGGAUCUGCCAUAGGUGGUGUGCUCGUCGACAAGUUUGGCUUGUACUGUGACCUCAUGGUAGCCGUUUGUCUUGAUUUAAUGGCAGUGUCAGCAGCCUCAGUUCCAUGGGUACCUUCAACAGAACUGAUAUUCUUUGUAAGUGUUUGUGGGGGAACUUUUGAAGGCGUUAUAAAUAUAGCUGGCCAGAAACUGAUAAUUAAUAUGUGGAAAGAAAACUCGGCUUCACCUCUUCAUAUUCUACAUGGUGGUUUUGGCAUUGGAUCUUUUAUAAUUCCAUUAAUUGCGAAUCCUUUCCUUGCAAAACUUGCACCAGACGAAAAUAAUGUAACAACCGGAAACGUAUCAUGUGAUUCUCACUGUAGAUUAAAUUUCACGACAACACCGGGAUCAACAACGACAACAGAGAAAAAAUAUUUGGCUGAGACUUCAAAAAUCGAAUACGGCUACGCAAUUGCAGGUUUGAUAACAAUCGUGGUAUCAGUUGUGUUUUACACGUAUCACUUUUUAGGUUCAAAGCAACGGAAGCUUUUGAAGAAAGAAAUGGACAACGGGACAGAGAAAGAAAAAUCGAAUACCAGGACUUUAUCCUUUAGGGAAAUGUUUAAUCCUGCUACUUGUGCUGGUGGACGUUUUCUAUAUGGGGUGGAAAUUUUGCGCUCGUGUUUCUCUAUUUCAUGCAACUGA